UCGAGACUUCGGCUUGGAGGCGCGUUGGUGCCCCGACCGGCCGAGACAAGAAACAGAAGAAGAAGAAGUCGCCUGUGCCUCCUCCUUUGCCGCCGCCACUUCCACACCCGCCCCCGCCAUGUUCCACGAGGCGCAGUGGGGCAACGGGUGGGCCGCGAGGGUCGCGUCGACGUGGCCGACGUGGGCGCUGCUGGCGCUGGCGCUGGCGCUGACGCGUCUGCUGUGGGCUUUCCGCUGGAGGCUGAGCCGGGACCCCCGCAACCCGCUGCCCCUGCCGGGGGGGUCGAUGGGCUGGCCCGUGGUGGGGGAGACGCUGCACUGGCUGGCGCAGGGCUCCGACUUCCACGUCUGUCGCAGGCGUCGCCACGGCAACGUGUUCAAGACGCACCUCCUGGGCAAACCCGUCAUCCGGGUGACGGGCGCCGAAAACAUCCGCAAGAUCCUGAUGGGCGAGCACAGCCUGGUGUGCGCGCAAUGGCCGCAGAGCACCCGCAUCAUCCUGGGACCCAACACGCUCGUCAACUCCACCGGCGACGCCCACAAGAGGAAGCGCAAGGUGCUGGCCAAAGUGUUCAGCAGAGGCGCUCUGGAGUCGUACCUGCCGCGGCUGCGGGACGAGGUGCGCCGCCAGGUGGCCGAGUGGUGCACGCGGCCCGACGCCGUGGACGUCUACGCCGCCGCCAAGUUGCUGACGUUCCGCGUCGCCGUGAGCGUCCUGCUGGGUCUGCAGUUGGACGAGGACCGAGUGGUCUUCCUGAGCGCCAUCUUCGAGCAGCUGAUGGACAAUCUCUUCUCGCUUCCUGUCAACGUGCCGCUCGGCGGCCUACGCAAGGGGAUCGAAGCCCGAGAGAUCCUGCACGCCAACAUGGAGAAGAUUAUCGUGGAGAAGAUGGAGCAACACCACAACGAACAUCUGGACGCCUUUGACUACAUGCUGUCCAGCGCCAAGGAGCACGGCCAGGACCUCAGCAUCCAGGAACUCAAGGAAAUGGCCGUGGAGUUGAUUUUCGCCGCUCACUCCACCACCGCCAGCGCCGCGACGUCUCUGCUGCUGCAGCUCCUCGGCCACCCGGGCGCGGUCCAACGCCUUCGGGCCGAGCUGGACGCCGAAGGCCUCGCGACUACCGGGGAAGCCGGAGAAGGUCUUCGGGCACACUUGACCCUGGACGAGAUGAGUCGGCUGCGCUACUUAGACUGCGUCAUCAAAGAGGUUCUGCGAUUCCUACCGCCAGUUUCUGGAGGGUACCGGACCGUCUUGCAGACCUUCGAGUUGGAUGGCUACCAGGUCCCCAAAGGCUGGAGCGUCAUGUACAGCAUCAGGGACACGCACGAGACCGCCGCCGUCUUCCGAGCUCCGGAACUCUUUGACCCAGAUCGCUUCGGGCCGGACCGCGCGGAGAACCGCUCGUCCCGCUUCAGCUACGUGCCCUUUGGCGGCGGACUGCGGAGCUGCGUGGGCAAAGAACUGGCCCAGAUUGUUCUCAAGACGUUGGCCGUGGAACUGGUGGCGACGUGCAGAUGGACCUUGGCCACCGGGGAGUUCCCCAAAAUGCAGACGGUGCCUAUCGUGCACCCCGUCAACGGACUUCACGUGCGCUUCACGCAAAACCGUCAGCUUAGCUAAGUAAGACGGACUCGGACCCGAGGGCCCGUGUGGUGGUUUGCGGGUUUGUGUGUGCUCUGCCGGCACCAACGUGUCCGUAGCGCAUCACCGCACGUUCGGGGACCUACUCGGACUCGGCGCUGCGUCGACUCUGGUCUCGCGCGGAAAGAGUCCCCGUCGGCGGCAGUCACGCCUGAGCCGACCUCGACGCGGCGUCGCAGCUGACAUCAACGGGUUCGCUCCUGGUGCUGCGACCUGACGCGUUCACGCUGUCUGAUACUGAGCCAGAAUCUCGGCUGAAUGUUUCAAUCGGAGCUGCCGCUGCGUUCGUGACUGACCUCAACGCUGUCAAUCCAGAUCCGGAACGCGCAAAGUCAACACACCACACAUGAAAACGCCACAACGCGACGUUCACGGCUGCGUGUGACACCCGACCUCAAAGCGCAUUUGCGGAUGAAGUGCGAGUUGAAAUAAGAUCCGUUUGCGAAGAGACACUUUGGGCUCUUCAGCGCACGAUGACGAUCCUGUCGAGUGAAAUGACGGCGACGACGGCGGCAACGGAUUUACGCAGGAGCUGCCGGUGGCCGGCUGCCAAUGGACCAUUCCGUCGUUGUUUUCAACCGGACUUCUUUCCGGCUCUACGAGUGUGAAUGCGUGCAGAACCUGCGUGUGUGCGCGUGGGGGGGCACAAAGAGGCAAGCCGGCCUAACGAAGCGAUCGGCGGUUCCGUUAGCUGUGCCAAGGUCGUUAAUUGAUGGACUCGCGGUGGCUGUGAACUUGGCCACGUUUUCGAGCAGAAGUUCAGCACGGUGCUGCAACCCCCCCCGACGGGGUCACCGAGCAGUCGGCUGACGGGGGGCCCGAUGGGGCCUCCCGUCCCUUUUGAGUUCGGUUCGGGAUUCCCGUCCUGCGACGUGUCCGCGUUGCCAAGCUCCCGUCGUCCUAAAUCUCGCGGCACGCGCUGGCUCAGCGCUUUCGCAAGCGAACGGCGGAUAUUUGAGUUCUCGCUGUUGUUUUCAUGGCGCUUAUUUUCAUCCUUCCAGACCGCACGCCGCAGUCCGGCGGUCAAGUCGCUCUCGUCGCCCGCGUCGCACGUUGCCGUCGUGUGUCAUUGUGUCACUUCGCAGACAAAAAUAGCAGACUUUCUCAUCUCAUCUUUGUUGUCUAAAAAUGUUCCGUAACCAAAACUCGCGUGCGCCGCGACCUUCAAUUCCUCACAUCGUGUCCGCUUGCGGCCCAAAAUGCUUCCGUUGCUCUUCGGCGGCCGUGUCGUCAGCAGCAGCAGCAGCAGCAGCAGCAGCAGCAGGCGGCGGGCGGGCGGGAGGUCGGCCGGCCGCAACUUUGCGGAAGGUCGCGAGCUGUUCGGCGGUCGGACAAGUCGGAGACGACGGCGGGACGAGGUCGGUCUACGACGCUUUUGCGGCAGACAUCGGCGGGAGGUCAAACGGCGGCCAAUGCGGCUCGGGUCAAUGGUUAGAGAAAACCAAACCUUACCAGCGGAAGUCGUUACCGAGCCCAGCGAGCGAGAGAAGUCAGAGCGGCCCCGGAGGCCAAAAGGAUGGGGGGGGGGGGGGGGCGAGCCGCACAGCUGCACGGCACGUAAUUAUCGGCUUCCUUGGACGACAUCUGUUAUGUCAGCAUUCCAGCCCAGCGCCGGCACCGCGGCACCUUCGGGUUUGACACGUGACCUUCCACCUGCGCCUCUCCGGGUCAGAGUUGACCUCCAACAAAUAUUCCCGUCAUUUGAUGAGCACGAUCGCCGCGAAUCCGCUGACUUCGCAUCUUCCGAUCUGGUUCUCAUCAGGUCGGGUCACCCGAGGUCAACUUCCCGUUGCCGACCCCGCUUUGAAACGAUCUGGAAUCGCUCAUCACAUUUGACCUGAGCUUUUUUUUUUCCCACAAUCGAUGACAAGGUCCGUUUUGGCGACGCAAGUCCGACUUGAAAAAAACCGAAUCGUACCAAAUCCGUCGCAAUCGUCUCAACUCGAUCGAGCCGUUCCAGAUGGAAACCAAAUCUUUAGAGACUUGCUACCGAUUCCCGUGCCUUGAAACAUCAUGUUGGGCUUCAUGGGGGGGUCUCUUUGCAGUCCUUUCUCAGGUUUGUCGCUCCGCCGCUUUGUCUCAAUCGCACGCCCGCCACUCAUAACACUUGAAAUGUUUAUAUUGUGUCCAA